AUGGCUUCCGAUAGAAUUAGCGAAUUACCAAAUUCUCUACUCAGUCAGAUUCUGUCAUAUCUUCCCACAAAACUGGCUGCUACCACAGAUAUUCUCUCUAAAAGAUGGAAGUCAGUCUGGCUCUCAGUCCCUAUCCUAUACUUUGACGAUGAUGCUGUCCAAGACUUUCAUUCCUUUACCAAUUUUAUGUCUUCAACCAUGUCUUCGCGUGAUGUUAUGCUUCCAAUCCGGUCUUUCACCUUCAAAUGUGCGAACAGAUCUUCACCAUACGAUCUGAAUGAUCUCAAUAAAUCGGUUAGCUAUGCUGUUAAACAAGGAAGAUUGGAGAGUCUCAACCUUCAUAUGCCGUUUCAUUCUCUUUUAAUUUUAUCCCUUGACCUCGUAAAAAUAGAAUUAUCUCCUUGCAUUUUUACUUGUAAGACACUUCAGGUUUUAAAUUUGAGGAAUAUAAUAAUGAGAGAUAUUUCUCCUCAUUAUAAGUUCGAUCUUCCCCUUCUCAAAACUCUCCAUUGGAGAAGUGUUCUUUUUGACAAUUAUGAUUAUCCUAUCAAGCUUUUGUCAAGUUGUCCCGUUCUAGAGGAAUUGCAUGCCUAUCAUUCACGUAUGAUAUACUUUUUGGUGGAAAAUUUCUCACCCGUCACCAAGGUCUUACCCAUCACCAAUUUGUUGACAGCAAGGAUAUGUGAUAUCAAUUUUCCAAUUACUAUGCUUACUGAGGUUGAGAACCUGCAUUUAGAUACGGUAUGAAUACCAUUCCCUACCUAAAUUGUUUUUAUUUUCUUGUAUAAAACUCUCAGCCAUGCAAAUAUAUAUGCAUCUAAAUAAUUUUUUGUGUGUAACUCGUGCAGGGCUUGUCACUUAGUGACCAGGGCUUGUCACUUAAUGACCCGUUUCCAAUAUUUAACCGACUAACUCAUAUUGACCUUAUCUAUAAAAUUGGAGGAAACUUCCCCCAAAAUUCAAAA